GAACACUACAAACAACCUCCUACGACUUAACGCGCUAUGUCUCUUACCAACUUCUACGAGCCCUUCUUCUCCCUGUCCGACUUUGACCGCCUCUUCGAUGAGGCGUUCUCUGCUCGGGCUGGGACGGGUGCGGGCAACCAGCAGGUUGCGCGCCAGAAUGGCGGUGCAUCUCGUUCUCUGAGACCUAGGUAGGUAUUCAAUUGCUCUACAAGCUUCGAACAAGAUAUCAACCACUUGUCUGCCAGGAUGGAUGUUCACGAGGACGCCGAGAAGAACCUUGUUACGGCUACCUUCGAACUUCCGGGUCUCCGCAAGGAAGACGUGAACAUCGAUGUUCACAACAACCAGCUCACGGUGUCUGGCGAGACCAAGCAGGACGCCAGCCGCGAAGAGAACGGGUAUGCCGUCCGCGAGAGGCGCUACGGCAAGUUCUCGAGGACGAUUCCUCUCCCGCAAGGUGUAAAGCCUGAGGAGAUCAAGGCCGGGCUUGAAAACGGUAUCCUGACUGUCACCUUCCCCAAGACUAGUGCCGAGGCAGCUCCCAAGAAGAUCACCAUCUCAUAAGCCCGACAAUCUACUACCCGCUUCAUUACACAUUCAUCGAGGGAUUUGGAGGAUAUUGCAUUGCACCUUGCUUUCGUUACGCCAUCCGUUGCAUAAUCACUUGCAUUCCAUUCAUGUAGCAAAUAUCAUUUGUAUCUGUAGUCAAUACUCGCACAAUAUCACUCCAUUUCUGACGUC